AUGUCGAUGACGAACAGUGUCGCGGACACCUGCUUAGUCUAGCAGUAGCGACACGGUAGCGACCAAUUACGAAACUAAUGCUGUUAAUUCUUACCUCGUGUCAACGAGUACAUUUUUUGACAAAUGUCCUCUUAUCAAACCGCCCCCCUGGCUAGCCUGGUCUUUGGAAUAUACGGUUAUCAUACCACUGUCAAAGCUGUAACGGGGGCCGUAUAAGUGCUGGUCAGUUGCAAUUAGUGAGAGCGUUAUGGCGAUGACCCACGUGGAACACGCGCUGACCCCCGGGGUCACGUACACGAAGUUCGGAAAGAAGAGAAAAACAGGGGUUGUAUACCUGGGCCAACACGCUGUUCUCAAGCCCGUCCAAAACUGUGUGUCAGGACGUCGUGAAGUCGACUUCUACACCACCGUCUUCCAUCAGCACAACGACGAGGUUGACGACAUCGUAACGCUACGGGAUUUCCUUCCCCGUUUUAUGGGCGUGGAGGAGAGAGCCGAAGUGAGACAUCUAAAGUUAGAAAACACGAUGUCCCGGUUCAGGAAACCCUGCAUGAUAGACAUCAAGAUGGGCCACGUGACGUCAGACCCCCUCGCGUGGCCAGAGAAGGUCGCACAAAGACGAUCCAAAUACCCAUAUGCGGAGAAGCUUGGCUUCUCUCUGUCAGGCAUGACGCUGUACAACCCAGAGAAGCGGGAGUUCGAGACAGUGGACAAAUACAUCUGCCACAACUACAGUGUAGACCAAGUUCUAGUGGAAGGUUUAGGCAAGUAUUUCGGCUUCCCUGAGAACCCAAGGAAAGAUGUGAUCCUGUGCCUUCUCCACAAGCUCCAGAGAAUCCGACGAUGGUUUCUCCGCCAGAGACAGUUCGCCUUUUAUGCAAGCUCCCUAUUAAUAGUAUAUGAAGGUCUUCAAAAUGACGACCAACAGAUGAACAGGUCACAGGUGCCUCCAUGUUGCGUGUCACCCGCCCAUGGCCGUGACAAAUGCCACAAAAGAUCAUCUUCCGAUAACACUGGUGAACAGUGUAACUGUUCCGAGGAUCCAAGUGCUCAUGUUGAUACAGAUGCUGAACAACCAUUGGACAACGUCACGCGACCUGUUUCUUCAGCGGGGCACUCAUUGGCUACAUGUGAUAUACCCGAUUGUGUAUUGGACAGUUCUGCAAGGUGUGGUUGUUUGGAUGGAUCUGCCUGCGUGGACUGUUCGUUAGUUGACGUGAGGUUAAUAGACUUCACACAUGCAUUCCGAACGACGGAACGUGAUGACAACUACCUCAGUGGACUCCAGAUCCUCAUCAAUAUCUUGUCUGUUAUGUACCGAUGGGGUUAAAAACCUGUACAUUGCAGACCACAGAGUUUAUGGACAUUUACCGUUGUGCAGAUCAGUAUUAUAGAGUUGUGUACGGUCAGGUGUAACUUCUGAUUCUUAUACUGGCUACAGCUUCAGGGUCUCAUCCAGGAUUUGAAAAGGGUGAGGUUCUUUGAGGGCAAGGGAUUGUGGUGUUGGGGUUGGGGAGGAUGCACGAAAUGAACAAAAACACAAAGGACUGAACAUAGGAUGGGUGGGGCGUGGAGUAAAAUCCCCGCUGCCUCCGCCUGUGAGUUGGAACCUGCAUUCUGUUCGUGAGGGAAACAUUUAAAUGUCUACAUAAACAAGAAUAGGCCAUCA